GCUAACGCACCCGGAAGUUUUAACAUAAUUUCUGUUUUCCUGAUUUCUGAAACUGCAGGUUGCUGUUGGGAGUAAUUUUGAUAUCCUCCUGUCAGCCAUGGCUACUUUCAUUUCAGUUCCACUUAAGAAGACAUAUGAGGUAGACUUAUCCAAACCUUUGAACAAGUUUAUUCAGAACACUUACCCGGCAGGAGAAGAGCAGGCCGAAUAUUGCCGUGCAGUGGAAGAGCUCAACAAGCUCCGGAAAAGCUCAGUUGGGAGGACACUGGACAAACACGAGAGCUCGCUAGAAACAGUCCUAAGAUAUUAUGAUCAGCUGUGUUCUGUUGAACCAAAGUUUCCUUUUAGUGAAAGCCAGCUCUGUUUAACUUUUACAUGGAAAGAUGCUUUUGACAAAGGCUCACUUUUUGGAGGAUCUACAAAGCUUGACUUUGUAUAA